UCAAACAUUUUCAAAUCCAAACAGUUUUGAAACAUGGAUUUCACCUACAACGAAUUUCCAAUAUCUGUGGAUCUGAACACCCUGAAAACCUAUUUCGAUUUGAGGCAAUGCAAGUUACCCAAAUCACUGGCAAAAUCCUUCCCCCUCACCACCGACGAAGGGGGUGAAGGUGUUGCCGAAGUCUAUCAACCCAAAAGCCUAAGGCAUUUGGUCUUGGAUUUCUUCCUGGAGAAUUGGUGUGACACUCCCAUCUUCAAGGAGCUGGCCGAGCAAAAGGAUCGCAACUACAUUCUCGGCAACUUGGAUGUAAAUCUACCGUUAGAGCUUUUAAGCGCGCACAUUCGUGAUGAUUUCUUUUGGCGCAAGAGCUAUCAACAGCGUUGGAAGACGUUGUACUACAGGACACACAGCUAUCCUUGUUGCCCUCCGCGGCCGGCCACACCACCCACCCUCAGCAAGCCAUGUCCUGCAGCGCAGCAAAAGGGUAAACAAGUGACAAAAUCAUGGCUUAACAUUUACAUGGAACGACAUUUGCAGGAGUUUAUUGAAAAUCUCCCAACGUCGGAAUACGAACAGGAAGGUGUGCAGACACAGGUCCUGGACAUUUGUGCGUCGUAUAUAAAUCAAUUGGAGAUAAACUACUUACAGCCCAGCAUGGAUGGGAAUAAUGAUCACAUUCCACUCGAUUUCAUUUUGAGUAAUCUACCGGAAUUGCGUACAUUACGCCUGACAUAUUGUACAAAAACAAUUGGAACCCAAUUCUAUUUGGGCUGCAACACCAUGUCCCGCAAGGAUGCCAACAUCUUGGCCAAGGGCCUGGCCCAGUGCCAUGAGUUGGUGAAUUUUUGUUUCCACAACACCACCUUGGAGCCGUAUCAACUGGGCUUAUUUGCCCACAGUUUAGAUAAGGGUUGUCAUCAUCUCACCGCCUUGUCAUUAGAACACUGUAGUCUGGGUGAUGAGGGAAUACGUCAGUUCUUGAGCGCCUGCAACAAGGAAUCCUUUGGCACCUUGAAAUAUUUAGAUUUGACAAAUAAUAAAAUCACCUCCGAAGGUGCCUACAUCAUAGCGCGAGUAAUAAAAAAUCUCCACCUGGAGAAAAUAAGUUUACGCCUAAAUCCAAUUGGCAGUGAUGGUGCGGCGGCCAUAUUUGGUAUUCUCGAUUGUCUGCCAAUGCGGAAUGUUGACAUCUCAGGGUGUUCCAUAACCGAUACAAUAACUCUGUUGUUUGUGAAUUUCUUGGGUCAUAAUCGCACCUUGUGGUACAUUGAUAUGAGCAAUAAUGAGUUGGGAAUGCACUUUGGUGAGCAGCUGUUGAAAGUCAUUGGGCGAAAUAAGUGUUUGAAACAAUUGGACUUACGGAAUACGGGUUUAACAUUGGAGAUGUGUAAUAAGGUGAAGGAUAUUUUAAAGGAAAACUUUAAAAAUUGGGAUUAAUAAAUAAGAACACUAAAAAUAAAAGAAACGUGUGCCCUCA